UAGCGACAAUAUGCUGUUUUGUGUUCAUAAUGGAACUUAACAGAGGCAUUUUUAAGGUUUUAGGCUUUAAACUCGAAUCUGUACUACGUGCACGGUGAACGCAAUAGGUGAAGCGCGCUGCCCAUACAAACCUAUGUGGUGACGUCAGCCAGUUUCCGCUGUCAUUCCCCUCUGUGCCUCUCCGCUAUCAGAAUAGCUGCGUGAACAAAAGUGUCGAUUGAGCCACCCUUUCGGAUUUAAACUUUACUUUUGGCCAAAUAACUCGAAGAAUGGAGUUGGACUUAUGGAAUUAAAGCUGGGUGCGCUUGCAAUGGAGGUUUUGUUGCUGAAAUUACUGCUUUACAGUAGCUGGUUCGUGGUCCAUGGUUCCCCCUUGCUGCUCUUUGCUAACCGCCGAGAUGUGCGUCUGGUGGACGUGGAGGCUGUGCGAGCAGAGUCUGCGGUAGUGGUCAGUGACCUGGAGGAUGCGGCGGCUGUGGACUUCCUCUACUCGGAGGGUCUGAUCUUUUGGACGGACGUCAGUGAGGAGGCCAUCAAGCAGACCUACUACAAUCAGUCUAGUAACUCAGUAAAAGAGGCAACAUUGGGCACGGGUCAAAAGGUGGUGGUGUCGGGCCUCGAAUCCCCCGAUGGACUGGCAUGUGAUUGGCUGGGACGCAAACUCUACUGGACGGACUCUGAGACAAACCGCAUCGAGGUGGCUAACCUGGAUGGCACGUCGCGGAAGGUGUUGUUUUGGCAGGACCUGGACCAGCCCCGGGCCAUCGCCCUGGACCCAGCCCACCGGUACAUGUACUGGACAGAUUGGGGCGAGGAGCCGCGCAUCGAAAGAGCAGGGAUGGACGGCAGCAGCCGGAAGAUCAUCGUUGAGGUGAACAUCUACUGGCCCAACGGACUCACCAUUGACCUAGACGAGGAGAAACUUUACUGGGCAGAUGCCAAGCUCAGCUUCAUCCACCGCGCCAACCUGGAUGGCUCUGCACGGGAGACUGUGGUGGAGGGCACCCUGACCCAUCCGUUUGCCCUCACGCUCUCUGAUGAGACACUGUACUGGACGGACUGGCAGACACGCUCCAUUCACGCCUGUAACAAGCACUCCGGGGACAAGCGCCGAGAAAUCCUCAAUGGCAUUCACUCACCCAUGGACAUCCAGGUCCUUGCCCAACAAAGACAGCCAAACUUUCAAACCCCCUGCAGUAAUGGGAAUGGCGGCUGCUCCCACCUUUGCCUGCUCUCCCCCCUGCAGCCGUUUCACAGCUGCGCCUGCCCCACUGGAGUCAAGCUCAAAGACGACGGCAAGACGUGUCGACCAGGCGCUGAGGAGGUCCUGCUGUUAGCACGGCGCACAGACCUUCGCCGCAUCUCUCUGGACCUGCCAGACUUCACUGACAUUGUGCUGCAGGUCAGUGACAUCCGCCACGCCAUUGCCAUCGACUAUGACCCUGUAGAUGGCCACGUGUACUGGACGGACGAUGAGGUCAAAGCCAUCCGCCGUGCCCGCAUUGAUGGCAGUGAGGCCCAGACACUGGUAACCACGGAGAUCAACCACCCGGAUGGUAUCGCGGUGGAUUGGGUGGCCCGCAACCUGUACUGGACAGACACGGGCACGGACCGAAUUGAAGUGACCCGGCUUAAUGGGACCUCACGGCGCAUUCUGAUCUCCGAGAACCUGGAGGAACCACGGGCCAUUGUGCUAGACCCCGUCAAUGGUUACAUGUACUGGACUGACUGGGGUGAGAAGCCCAAAAUCGAGCGUGCGAACCUUGAUGGAAGUGAGCGCCUCAUUCUUCUGAAUACCUCCUUGGGCUGGCCCAACGGUCUGGCCAUCGACUACACUGCAGGCAAGCUGUACUGGGGGGAUGCAAAGACGGAUAAGAUUGAGGUGAUCAACAUCGACGGCACAGGGAGAGUGACCCUGCUAGAGGACAAGCUGCCGCACAUCUUCGGCUUCACGCUGCUCGGCGACCACAUCUACUGGACAGACUGGCAGCGGCGGAGCAUCGAGCGCGUCCACAAGCACACAGCCGAGCGUGAGAUCAUCAUCGACCAGCUGCCUGACCUCAUGGGCCUCAAGGCCACCAAAGUCACCGAAACAUUUGGAACCAAUGGAUGUGCGGAGAGCAAUGGCGGCUGCAGCCACCUGUGUUUCCACCGUCCGCAGGGCCUGCGCUGUGCCUGCCCCAUGGGCUUGGAGCUGCUGAGUGACCUGCGCACCUGCGUGGUGCCCGAGGCCUUCCUGCUCUUCACCAACCGCGCCGACAUCCGCAGCAUCUCGCUGGGCACCAACAGCAACGACGUGGCCAUCCCCCUCACCGGCGUCAAGGAGGCCUCUGCCCUGGACUUUGAUGUGGCCGAGAACCGCAUCUACUGGACCGAUGUCAGCACUAAGACCAUAAGCAGAGCCUUCAUGAAUGGCUCCUCAGUGGAACACGUGAUUGAGUUCGGUCUGGACUACCCUGAGGGCAUGGCUGUGGACUGGAUGGGCCGGAAUGUCUACUGGGCCGACACUGGCACCAACCGCAUCGAGGUGGCCCGUCUCGAUGGCCAGUACCGGCAGGUUCUGGUCUGCAAAGAUUUAGACAACCCACGUUCCCUUGCCCUGGACCCAGCUAAUGGCUACAUGUACUGGACGGAGUGGGGUGGCAGGCCGAAGAUUGCCAGGGCACACAUGGAUGGGAGCAACAUUGUGACUCUGGUGGAUAAAGUGGGCCGCGCCAAUGGCCUCACUAUCGACUACAUCGACCAGCGGCUCUACUGGACUGACCUGGACACCUGCAUGAUUGAGUCCAGUAACAUGCUGGGUGAGGAUAGGGAGAUAGUGGCUGAUGACCUGCCGCAUCCCUUUGGCCUGACACAGUACAGCGACUACAUCUACUGGACGGACUGGAACCUGCGCAGCAUCGAGCGGGCCGACAAGCGCAGCGGCCUGAACCGCACUGUGGUGCAGCACCACCUGGAGUACGGCAUGGACAUUCGGGUGUUCCACUCCUCGCGGCAGGACGGCUCUAACGAGUGCUCGCAGAACAACGGCCUCUGUGGUCACCUGUGUCUGGCCUCGCCCUCCGGGGCGCAGUGCCGCUGUGCCUCGCACUACACUCUCGAGUCCAACGGCCACAACUGCACAUCUCCCUCCAGCUUCCUGCUCUUCAGCCAGAAGGCGUCCAUCAGCCGCAUGGUGCUGGGGGAGCAGAGCCCUGACAUCAUCCUGCCCAUCCACGUGCAGCGCAGCGUCCGGGCCAUCAGCUACGACCCGCUGGAGCACCUGGUGUACUGGGUGGACGGCCGCGGGAACAUCAGACGGGCACGUGAUGACGGAACCCAGUCGUUCUCCGUGGUGUCCACCACGCCCGUCUCCCACCAGGCGGACACGAUCAAGCUGCCCCACGAUCUGAGCCUGGACCCUUACAGCCGCACCGUCUACUGGACCUGUGAGACCACCAACACCAUCAACAUCCAGCGGAUGGACGGGAGCUCCGUGGGCAUGGUCCUCCGAGACGAUGUGGACAAGCCCCGUGCCAUUGUGGUCAACGCUGAGAAAGGGUACAUGUACUUCACCACAGUGCAGGAUCGCUCUGCCAAAAUUGAGGGUGCGUCUCUGGACGGCACGGAGCGAGAGUCACUCUUCACUACCAGCCUGAUUAGGCCAGUGGCCCUGGCCCUUGACAACAAGCUGGGCAAGCUCUUCUGGGUGGACGCCGACCUGAAACGCAUCGAAAGCAGUGACCUAUCAGGAGCCAAUCGGAUUGUCCUUCAGGACUCCAGUAUGUUCCAGCCUGUGGGUCUCACUGUGCUGGGAGACCACUUGUACUGGAUCGACCGACAGCAUCAGAUGAUCGAGCGCGUCGACAAGCUGACGGGAGAGAAGCGGACCCGCAUCCAGGGACGGAUCGUCUACCUCACCGGCAUUCACGCAGUGGAGGACAUUGACCCAGAUGAGCUUGCGGCCCACCCUUGUUCCCGUGAUAAUGGUGGCUGUUCCCACAUCUGUAUCGCCAAGGGUGAUGGAACACCACGUUGCUCCUGCCCUAUGCACCUUGUGCUGCUGCAGAAUCUUCUUACCUGUGGAGAGCCCCCUACCUGCUCCACGGAGCAGUUCACAUGUGCCACCGGAGACAUCGACUGCAUCCCCAUGGCGUGGCGCUGCGAUGGCUUCGCUGAGUGCGACGACAGCAGUGACGAGGAGAACUGCCCCGUCUGCUCGGCCCUCCAGUUCCAGUGCGAUAAGGGCCAGUGCAUCAGCGCCCAGCUGCGCUGCAACGGCGAGCCCGACUGCGCAGACAACUCCGAUGAGCAGGAGUGUGAAACCAUCUGCCAGCCCAACCAGUUCCGCUGCAGUAACAGUCAGUGCAUCCUGAAGAAGCAGCAGUGUGACUCCUACUCAGACUGUGCUGACAACUCUGACGAGAUGUACUGCGAUUCAGAUUUCAUCCCCCCGCCUGGUGAGGACCUUCCUACCCACAACAAAACAGUGGGCAAGGUCAUCGGCAUCAUCCUGACUGUGUUUGUGCUGGGCGGCAUGUACUUCGUCUGCCAGAGGAUGGUGUGUCGCUGCUACAAGGGGCCGAACGGGGCCUUCCCUCACGAGUACAUCAGUGGAACACCCCAUGUGCCGCUCAACUUCAUCGCCCCGACCAACUCCCAGCACGGCACCUUCACAGGUAAAGGGAUCUCGUGUGGGAAAUCCAUGAUGAGCUCGGUGAGCCUUAUGGGCAGCAGCAGCAGUGGCGCACCCCUCUACGACAGGAACCACGUCACCGGGGCCUCGUCCAGCAGCUCGUCCAGCACCAAGGGAGCCUUCUACCCCCAGAUUCUCAACCCCCCUCCCUCACCAGCUACAGACCGCUCGCUUUACAAUGCGGAGAUCUUCUAUUCUUCAAACAGUCCCUCCACAACCAGAUCUUACAGACCCUACAUGAUGCGAGGCAUGGCCCCGCCCACCACGCCGUGCAGCACGGACGUGUGCGACAGCGACUACACCACCAGCCGCUGGAAGAGCAACAAAUACUACAUGGACCUCAACUCAGACUCUGACCCCUACCCCCCUCCCCCUACACCUCGCAGCCAGUACCUGUCUGCGGAGGAGAGCUGUCCGCCGUCCCCCUCCACCGAGCGCAGCUACUUCCACCUGUGCCCCCCGCCGCCCUCGCCCUGCACAGACUCCUCAUGACACCCAGCCACGGGGGCAGGGUGGGAACUGAACAAAUGAACUAACUAACUAACAAAGCCAUCAAUCUGUACAUAAGGUUUUUUUUUUUUUUUUUCAUUUUGGACAAGAAAAUAGUGGAAAGAGAGAAAGCAAUCCCAUCGCCUCCAAUCUUACUCUUGUUGUGGCUGCAUGACCAUGGACAAAAGGGUCUGCAAGAUAUCAUACCAUAACCAUGGAGGGAGAAACAUGGACAGAUGACUGAAUGGGACCGGGGGAGUAGUACAGCACAACCCAGCAUACAGCCCAGGGGCCUCAUUACAGAAAAAUAUCCUAACUGCUUGUCCUCUCUUAACUUAAGCUUCAAAGACAGGAAAAAUCCUAUCUUCCUAUUAUGGAAGCAGUUCCUAAACUCAUGGCUGGGUCCUAUCUUAUCUCAGACCUCCUAUCUUAAACAAAAGUAUAUUAAUGAAUAAUAAAUCAAUAAUAGUCUAAUAUGAUUUGUUAUAAAUGUUUUAAAACACAUAGCUUACACAUUUCAUAUUGCUUGUCCAAGUUUUCACUUAAUUAACCUAUUUAGUGGAAUAUGCUUUAUCGUGUCCCUAACUGUCAUGUUCCUCAUCUUACUAGGCAACAACCUAACAAGACUGUUGCAGUUGUUUUGAAUUUAGGACAGGGUCUGUGUCAUCCUAAAUUAGGAUUCCUAAAUUAGAAAAUUCUUGAGUUAGGAUGGUUCUGUAAUGGCCAAAUUUUCCUAAAUGCAGUUAGGAAACAUGCUUCUGUAAUACCAAAAAUCCUAAAUGCCAUUCUAAACUGAGAUAAGAUAGGAUUUCAGAGUUAGGAAGUUUCUGUAAUGAGGCUCCAGCUCUGAAUGGGAGUUAGAAAAUCAAUAUGUACAGCUGAAAAAUGUGGACCUACCUAUAUUUUAAUUUUGCCUUCAAUCAACUCAAGAAAACAGAGUGAUAAUUAGGUGAAUUUUUUUUUUCAGGAAAUUCCAAUGAAUUUGGCUCUUAAAAACUGGACAAAUGUCAAGCCUAGUAAUAUAACAAGGUCUCUACUUAUAGAAAUACUUGUUAUCCAGAUAUUAAAUUAUUCAUCAACUGUCCAAAUUAAUCUAAAAUACCAAAAUUAUUUUUAAGAUAUUGUAAAUAUGUGUAAUUAAGUAUAUAAUAUUUUUGUUAUGGCCACAGGAAUUUGUUUUGGUAUGUGAAUAUAAAAUGUACCCGAGCAUAUGGUUUGGUUUUAUUGAGUUUACCAAAAGUGUGUUUGCUGCUAUUGUACAUAUAUCCUAUGAAUAGUGAUUACAACAUUUGUCAAAAACUUUGCUUCUGCAUUUGAGAAUAGAUAUGGUAAUGAAAAUGUUAAAUGUAAUGUUAUUAAUCUCAUAUUUCAGAUUUGGGUUGUAUAGAUUAUAUGAAUACACAUGUGAAUUACUUUCUUACUUUGAAGGAGUCCAAAUGAUGGUUCUGUAAGGAUCUCGGUUAUGACUUGGCUGAGAUCCUGCCAUUACUGUGUUAUACCAUUAAUGUUUUAGCAGUGUCUAUUUGCCCCCGAGUUAGUACAGCAAAGUAUCCAAGGCAAAUAUUCCAUCUGAUCGCAUUUGUUUUUGGAUACUUUUAGAUACACAAUUGAGCCUUUUCUUGAUAAUUGGAUUGAAGCAUGGGUUUGCACUGAUGCAGUUAAAUAAUUGUAUUGUCAGACCAAUUUGCCAAAAAGAAAGAAAACCACUUUUAUCACACACUAUUUUAAUGGUUUUGCUUCCUUAACGGACUACAGUCCUGACAUUGUUUAUGAGUUCAGACUGAGUCAAGAAAUUGCUCAGAAUAUGUAGAUGUAUUGAACCUGGAAAGGCUGACUGCUCAACAGAACCUAAGCUAAUUGUCUGUCCACAAUAAGCCAGUAAUUGUAGAUGUUGAUUAUUUUUACAGCCUUCAUCUUUCAUUUCUUUGUGUUGCCAAAUCUUCAUGGAGGCAGCGGGAGGCAGCUGCUUCCUAGGUUUUAAGUGGUCUAAAAAGAGCAUGUUUGUGAGUCUGGUCCAUGUCUUACUUAAGCCCUUUUUGUCAUGUGUUCUUUGUACUAUUCAAAUUGAGAGUGUGGUAUGUGAUGCAAAGUUUAAGUGUUUCAUUGUAAAAUCCAGCUUUUAGGUGGAACAUGUGAUCAAGCAUGUUCAGCCAACACUAAGCACUUACAAAAAAAAGAAAGCGUCCUUUUCAGUUAUUUUGAUUGUAGAUGUGUGUGUGUGUGUGUGUGUGUGUGUGUGUGUGUGUGUGUGUGUGUGAGUGAGAGAGAGAGAGAAUGUGAAUGAGUGUAUAUUCUGAAAAAGCUACUUGCAGAAGUAGAGCCAUGUAGAAAUGUUCCUCUAACCAGACCUCCAUUUUAGCUGAAGCUUCUUUGCUUCUUUUAUGAUUAAUGAUUUCACUUGUGCAAGUAUCCAAUAAAUCCAUAAAUCUCUGCUGCUCACGGGGACAAAUAAAAGAAAGAAAGAUUUUUUUAAUUCACGGUUUGUCUAUAGUAAAUGCUGAGGUAAAAAUAAAAUAAUGUAAGUAAAAGAUUAUGCUGCUUGUAGUAAAAUCGGCAACCUGUUAACAUGGAUUUCUCUAAAAAAAAAAAAAAAAGUGAUGUUCUCAGCCUGUACCUGGAUAUCAGCCAUCACUCUUGCCUGUGGCACAGUCUGUGAGGAUGGUAUAUGGACAGUUGAAGCAUGUCCAUUGUGAAAAGGAGGUUCCUCAACCUUGCCAUGCUGAAAUGGACCUUUCUAUUAACAAAACCGUGGGAGACAAUUCCACCCCCAACGCAUUAACACUCUGUGUCUUGGUCUUUGUAAAGCCUCAUAUAGAUUACUCUCGUGACAAUUUUUGUAUCAAAAGCAUUUUUAUAUAUUAAAGGUUCUAUUUUAAAGAA